UUUUGGCACAGACAUGGUAUAGUCCGUAACACUAUUUUCAAGCGAAAGGCAAAAUGCCAGGAAGGCCCAGCCGGAGAGAAUCACCCACCGUGCAAGCGAUCCCAUCCCAACCUGCUGCCUGUCUAGUUCCCAAGUGAAUAGUUGGUUGAAAGCAGCUACGGAGUCCGGAAUAUGGCCCGGAGCCUGGGAGUGCCUGGACAAAACUCCAGCUUGAAAAGGAAGAAGGCGGCUCCUGCCGACAACGAGCUGGUUUCAAAGGUAGGGUUAUGCUGGCCUACCGCUUCGCGAAAUUGCGGAUCGAAUCGACUUCUAGCGAUUCCUGCCUGACAUGCCAUCAAACAGCAAAUCACCGACUCCUAAGGAUCAUCCCGACAACGCACGUGUGAGUCUGAAAGAAUUCACUCGGUCCUCAAGUUUGUCAUGUACACCAGAAACGGGGGAGCGAAUCGUGGCCUUUCUUGAAGAGUUGAGACCUGUGGGACGUGGCCGUUUCCGGCUUGCCCCAUCACUCCAGCGCUCUCCUCCUAGCAAGCUUAGAAAGCGUCUCCGUCAUGAUCGAAUCCUAUCGCGGUCGCCACGACGUUGCCAGGUUGCGUUCCUCUUCACACAAGGUGCGCAUGGUGGCUGACCCUUCCACCACCUCUCACAACCGUCUUCUCUGGAAGUUGUCCUGCACCAAACUCUGUUGCUAUCCGCCCUUGUCACACGCUCUACAGUUGCUGAAAUCGUCUGGGCAGGCUUAACUGCCGGUGUCAUCGCCAUACCUUGUACGGUAUACCCGGCAUGUCUCGAGUGAUAAAAUCAGCUUGGUCAGGGUCUCAGACAUCCAGAUCUGGCCAGAAAUCCCCGGUUCUCUUGUUAUCUAUCAUCCCAAUUGGGGCCCGGAGUCCACUUGAGAGACGUGGUGUUCAGUCUGAACUCUCCAACUCAAGUUGGCUGCAGCUCUUUCUCGCC